AUGUAUCCGCCCCCACCCCUUGGGCUUCAAAAGACAGACACUUCAGCAGUUCCACAUGCCCCAAGUCAGAAGAAUCGGCCUAGUGAUAUUAUUCUUCAUUCAGCUCGCUCUACCAACCAAGGCAUAGACGAUCCUGCCUUCUUUCCUCCGGCCAAUCAAAUAGUUCUACCAUCUCCGAGUCUUUCAACUGACGAGCAAUUCGACACUUCCCAACUAUUGGCAAGUUAUUCACAAUGCUCGAUUCUUCAGCCCAAUUUUGACAUUUCAAACAAUUCUUCAUCUUCUGAUCGGGCCUCAUUUCAUUGUUCCGAAGGCGGGCUGUUAAGCUUUUUGAAUCUAUACGAACGUCCUUCGCAUAAGACAUCUCAGGUAAUCUUCUCUGACAGCAUAACUGUGCCCCCCGAUGGUAGUGACUACUGUCGGAUGAUACUAUGCUUAACACUAUACGCCUGA